CAUGAACAAAGCCAUGAAUGAAUGAUGCGGCUAUUAAGAGCCUCCUCAAUUACUGGAUGUGUGGUCCUGCAGCGUCAUGUGCCAUGUAACAUCAGCGUGAACACCGGUGUCAUUUUUAAUUUUGUAUGAUCAAUUACGCCCCGACUUUGGCGACAGAGCUGGGGACUGGCGCAGGAGCAGAAAGCGGCAGGAUUUGACGCGUUGGCGAGGAAAAGCUGCAGUCGACGCAGCAGCGGUGGAAGCGCUAAAGUGAAGCUCUCCGCAGCGGGGACGCGCAAAAGCACCGACGCGCAUGCACAUCUGUCAGCACCAAGGACAGCAGCCGCUCAGAGUUGCAGUGCGCGGAGCGAAGUCACGCGCGGACUCCAGUCCUCCACAGAAGGUGCUGAAGUGAGAGACGCGGUUGCUCCGGCGACGGGGAUCAUGGACAGUCACUCUCCUCCGCCUUGCAAGUGAAUCCAAUUUUUUUUUUUUGGCCUCCCUCCCUUGCGCUCUCGCCGCCCACCACCCUCGAUCGCGACCAUCCGGCUGAGUCGAGCUGCUGUCCAGAAGCGGGUCGAGCCGAGCCGCCACCGGGUGGAGGAAGAAGAGGGACCGGGCUGAGCAGUGGUGCUACGGCUGUCUGCUGGUCCGAGCCAUGCGUGCGUUUCUGCUGGCGGUGCUGCUCUCCUGCUCCUGCGCCCGGGCCGGCUGCGAACCGAAGAUCGUCAACAUCGGUGCGGUCCUCAGCCACAAGAGGUACGAGCAGGUCUUCAAAGAUGCCGUGACCCAGGCGAACCAGGUCUACGGAAGGGACAAAUUCAAGCUGACCGCUAUCUCCGUAACGCACAAGCCCAACGCCAUCCAGAUGGCUCUGUCGGUGUGUGAGGACCUGAUCUCCAGCCAGGUCUACGCCAUCCUGGUGAGUCACCCGCCACAGUCCAAUGACCACCUCACUCCGACGCCGGUCUCCUACACGGCAGGCUUCUACCGCAUCCCCGUGGUCGGGCUCACCACCCGCAUGUCCAUCUACUCCGACAAGAGCAUCCACCUGUCCUUCCUGCGGACGGUGCCCCCUUACUCUCACCAGGCGCAUGUUUGGUUCGACCUGAUGCGCGAGUUCAACUGGAACCACAUCAUCCUCAUAGUGAGCGACGACCACGAGGGCCGGGCUGCCCAAAAGAGACUGGAGACCCUGCUGGAGGAGCGAGAGACAAAGAAUAAAAAAAGGAACUAUGAAAACCUCGACCAACUGUCCUAUGACAACAAGCGAGGACCUAAGGCAGAGAAAGUCCUCCAGUUCAGCCAGGAGACUAACUUAACUGCCCUGCUGCUGGAGGCCAAAGAGCUGGAGGCCCGAGUCAUCAUCCUGUCCGCCAGUGAGGAGGAUGCAGCAGCGGUGUACAAGGCGGCUCGUAUCCUCAACAUGACGGGCUCUGGUUACGUGUGGCUGGUGGGCGAGCGGGAGAUGUCGGGUAAAGCCCUGAGCGAGGCUCCAGACGGUCUGAUCGGCCUCCAGCUCAUCAACGGAAAGAAUGAGUCGGCCCACAUCAAUGACGCGGUGGCCGUGGUGGCACAGUCCAUCCAGGAGCUGUUUGAGAAGGAAAACAUCACGGAGCCUCCCAGAGGAUGUGUGGGCAACACCAACAUCUGGAAAACAGGGCCACUGUUUAAACGGGUGCUGAUGUCAUCCAAAUACCCAGAGGGCCUCACAGGACGCGUCGAGUUCAACGACGACGGAGACAGAAAAUACGCCCAUUACAGUAUCCUCAACUACCAGAAGAGUCGACUGAACCAAGUCGGCAUCUACAAUGGAACACAGGUGGUCAUGAACAAUCAACGGAAGAUCAUCUGGCCUGGAGGAGAGACUGAAAAACCACAGGGCUUCCAGAUGUCCACUCGCUUGAAGAUAGUGACCAUACAUCAGGAGCCGUUUGUGUAUGUGAAACCGACGAUGCCGGACGGAACGUGCAAGGAGGAAAUGACGCUAAAUGGAGUCUUAAUUAAAAAGGUUAUCUGCACUGGCCCCAAUGAGACCAUCCCAGGUAACACAUCAGGACGCCCAACUGUGCCGCAGUGCUGCUACGGAUUUUGCAUUGACCUUCUCAUCAAACUGGCCAUGACCAUGAACUUCACCUACGAGGUCCACCUGGUCGCUGACGGGAAAUUUGGAACACAAGAGCGCGUAAACAACAGCAACAAGAAAGAGUGGAACGGCAUGAUGGGAGAACUCCUGGGUGGCCUGGCUGACAUGAUCGUGGCUCCGCUGACAAUCAACAAUGAGCGAGCACAGUACAUUGAGUUCUCCAAACCCUUUAAAUAUCAAGGUCUCACCAUCCUAGUUAAAAAGGAAAUCCCUCGCAGUACACUGGACUCAUUCAUGCAGCCUUUCCAAAGCACGCUGUGGCUGUUGGUGGGUCUUUCCGUGCAUGUGGUGGCGGUGAUGCUUUACCUUCUAGACCGGUUCAGCCCAUUUGGAAGAUUUAAAGUAAACAGUGAAGAAGAAGAAGAGGACGCCCUCACCUUGUCAUCUGCUAUGUGGUUCUCCUGGGGAGUGUUGCUGAACUCUGGUAUUGGAGAAGGUGCGCCGCGCAGCUUCUCAGCGAGAAUCUUGGGUAUGGUGUGGGCUGGCUUUGCCAUGAUCAUUGUGGCCUCUUAUACUGCCAACCUGGCUGCCUUCCUGGUGUUGGACCGGCCUGAGGAGCGCAUCACCGGCAUCAAUGACCCUCGGCUAAGAAACCCAUCUGACAAGUUCAUAUACGCCACGGUGAAGCAGAGCUCGGUGGACAUCUACUUCCGGCGGCAGGUGGAGCUUAGUACAAUGUACCGGCACAUGGAGAAGCACAACUAUGAGAGUGCCGCCGAAGCCAUCCAGGCUGUGCGUGACAACAAGCUGCAUGCUUUCAUCUGGGACUCUGCGGUGCUGGAGUUUGAAGCCUCGCAGAAGUGCGACCUGGUGACCACGGGAGAGCUGUUUUUCCGUUCGGGCUUUGGCAUAGGCAUGCGCAAGGACAGCCCCUGGAAACAGAAUGUGUCCCUGGCCAUUCUCAGUUCUCAUGAGAACGGCUUCAUGGAAGACCUAGAUAAAACCUGGGUGAGAUACCAGGAGUGUGACUCAAGGAGCAAUGCCCCAGCCACACUCACCUUUGAAAACAUGGCAGGAGUCUUCAUGCUGGUGGCUGGAGGCAUAGCAGCCGGGAUCUUCCUCAUCUUUAUCGAGAUCGCCUACAAGCGACACAAAGACGCCCGCAGGAAGCAGAUGCAGCUGGCCUUUGCGGCCGUCAAUGUCUGGAGGAAGAACCUACAGCCCUCUUCCUCACUAGAGACUCAGGAUGAUAGGAAAAGUGGUAGAGCAGAGCCCGACCCCAAAAAGAAAGCCUCUUUUAGGUCCAUCAGUACCACCCUGGCCUCCAGCAUCAAGAGACGUAGGUCCUCCAAAGACACGCAGUACCCACCCACUGACAUCACGGGCCAACUCAACCUGUCGGACCCGUCUGUCAGCACCGUGGUGUAGGGGAGCGGCAGCUCCGCGAGGAGAGAGGAAACAACUAGGAACGGGAGGAUACCCAUCACCUGAAGUUCCCUUGAUGCCUGAAGUUUUCAUUUCACUGCCUGCCAACAAAGUUUUGGAACGCCUGCUGGAGAAAUGGAAACGCUGUAAUUGCACCUUUUACUUGUUGAAAAACCCAUGAGUACCUGGCAGUAGAUGUUUGUAGGGCCCCUGAGCAUGCACACUCACAUAUGCGACUAGUUCCUUAACUACAUUGGAUUUGUUUUAGAGCAAUGUUUGUAGUUCAUGAUCAGAUGUACAGCUUCAACUUUACGUAAUGGGCUAGUUUUGGUGUCAGUACACUGAAAAAAGGGAAGGUUAUAUAAUCCAUCCAGUCGCGUCUGCUCAAAGCGGAAGCAGCAGAAUCAUAGAGUACGACUUACGCCAACGCUGACGCAUUCACAGGACAACCCGGAGACAAACUCUGUGGCAUGUUUUGGGUCUGAACUGGGACAUUCUCACAAUGCAAAGAGGCAGCAUUUCGCUUUGAGCCUCCCACCCUUCCAUGAAGACCUAUUUGGUAAAUAGACAUCCUUAUGUUUCGGCUUGAUAUUGGUACCUUGGUAUAUCCAUAUCAAAUCCUUGUGAUCCCCCGAUCAGCUCGUGCAUUAUCCCUCCAAAGAUACUGGAGCUUCACACUUCCUAUCUGGGAAGAAGGAAGUUUAGAACCUCAAACCUGAGUUAUAGACUAGGGUUGCCAACUCCGUGAAGACACCCACUGCUUUCACCCACGCCAGGUGAAACGCCCUGAUAAAGUGUGUCUUCUUUCAGCUCAGCGCCGAACAUGUUACUUUGUUUCUAAAUACAGGACAACUCCAUUUCAUUAUAGGUUUCAUAACAGAAUUGAAAUACGUCCUGAGUCAUUGGAGAGCUCACUUUUAUUGAACUCCACUGUCAACAAAAAGAGAUUUUGGUGGCACCAAUCCAGAGGAAAAUAUCGAACCCUCUCCAGGCGAUGGACCCAUAAAGAUUCUGAGCAGAUCCACUGAACAAAGGGAGGCCCAUGUGAUGCCCAGUCAUCACGAGAGAUUGGUCCAGUUCUACCACUAGUGUUAACAGCUUGCGAACAUGACUCUCAUAAAGAACCUCCCAAAGGGUCGAAUGCCUACCGCUGUCCACAAAUAGCUGUUUAGACAUUAUACCAUUGAGCUCAUGUAAUAAUAUCAGUAGACUCAAUUACAGCUAUCACUGAGGUGAAAAGUAGACAGGAAAACAGUGGGACGUAGCGAGUCAUAGCGAUAGUAGCGAUACUGAGAGGGAGGCUAUUGCUAAGGUACUGUAGGUAAAUAGGUAGUACAGUGUAAAGAAAGAGUUGAACCAUUCAUUGUCUUCACUCUCUCAACGGAUUAUUGGGGAUUAUCUUGUAAUCCUUUGUAAUUAAAUGAUCACAAGUCUUUUUUCAGUGUACUUGGCAUUAAGACCGGAGCUUAAAGCAAAUGUGUGGUGUUUCCAACUGCAGCACAACCGCUUCAGCGCUGUAGACUAUGUUUUGGCUGAAUCGCUGGGUUUGUUUCUUGGACGCACCAAAGACGGUGCCGCGAUGAAAUCCCAUUUAAUGCUGACAAGAGGCAUGUUUGUACAUAGACCCGAGCUUUAUCUGAAUGACAUUGUUUAUACUUGACAUUUUUUAAAACGACAGUCUAGACACCGCAAUUGUGGUUAGUUUCAUUUGAAUAGGAUGAAACCGAAGUGAUGACGUUGCGUCACUCAGCCUGAAGCCAUGUUUGGGGACCGUCCUCUCCCUCUUCCUCUCUCCAGUCACGGCGCCGGUCUUUCUCCUCUCCACUCUCUAAAAGGGGUUGCAUCAAAGGGCCAGGUUUUUCACCCAACCAGCAUUCGGCUUUUUGUGUAAAAAGAAAGAAAAAACAUUUUUGCACAAAAGCAGCCGAUUGAAUUUGGUAGCUCAGCCUGCGAGCUGGUGUGCAGGUCUUGGUUAGAUGCGAAAACAGGCCAUUUCCCAUUCACUGGGGUCGAGAAACCACUGCCGCCGGUUGACAGAUGAUCACGUCUUUCCUGGUGCACUUUAUAGAGAGGGGUCCCCAAAAACUCACUGUUACAUCACUUCCUGGUUGAAUAUGUUCUGUUAUUGGACUGUAAACCAAAAAGAAGAUGGCCACUGCAUGCUUACGUUGAUAUUUGUGCUUUUCAUUUCUUUCUGUCAUUUGUUUAAAAGCCCUUGGAUCCAAUGUAAAUUCCAUCCUGGAAAGUGAGAUUUGGUUCGAUGAGCAAGGCACUUGUGUUCAUGACUGCAGCGGAGAAUGUCCUGAAGUUACACACGCACAGCCACACACUCACGCUUAUUACUGACACUAAUCGAUGCUGUAGGCAAAGGAAGCGAGGACAGAUGAAAAGAUGGAGCAGGGUUUUAAUUAGCAAAGAGAGAAUUGAGUCGGAAGGAAGGAAAUUAAGGGGGAUAGUCUUGACUUUAUUAUGAAGUAGGACAGCUACGGAGGUAUCUGGAGAAAAGCGCAUUCUAAGUGUUUUGGACCACACAUAGUCACACAACCUCAAUGAUGAGAUGUUUUCUUACUUUUCCAGUACAAAUAUUUCGACUGAAUUCUCCUGUUUAUACAUAUAUCUGUAAAUAAAAUAUACUUAAA